UUGGGCUAUAGAGGGUUUCGCUCUCUGCCGAUUGGGCAGCCUUGGUUUUGUCCCCUGGCGACGAGAUAUAUCAUAGAUUGUCUUCGGCGGUGAGAGAGAGAGAAGUUUCGAUCUCUCGGAUUGGUGGAAGCCUGGCGAAUCUCUCAGCGGUCAAUUCAGACUCCCGGUCGGAAUUUGUUGCCUUCGAUCAGUUCUUUCGAAUCUGCUGGAGCCAGGAGUUGGGGGUGAGAUCGGUGCUGGCUAAUCUGGAUGCUGUAAAAUGUUUCAAUCACAACCAAUCCCUAAUAGAAGUCCAAUCCGCAAUAACUCACUUGCUUAUAACGAUCAACUAGAGAUAAGUGACAAGGUUAUGGUCUCAAAUGAUGGAGGAAACAACAAUAACAAUCCUAAUUUGGCAUCAAGGCAGCGUCUUCGUUGGACAAAUGAACUCCACAACUGUUUUAUAGAUGCAGUAACACAGCUUGGUGGGCCAGACAGAGCAACUCCAAAAGGAGUUCUUAGGAUCAUGGGUGUACCAGGGCUGACAAUAUACCAUGUCAAGAGCCACUUACAGAAAUACAGGCUUGCAAACUGCAUACCUGAUCCAUCAACUGAUGGUGUCAAAUAUGAAAUCAAAGAUUCUGGCGACCUGACUUCAGGAGUUGAAAGUUCCUCUGGGAUGCAAAUAACUGAAGCUCUUAAGUUGCAAAUGGAGGUGCAAAAACGACUUCAUGAACAAUUAGAGGUGCAAAAGCAAUUACAGCUAAGAAUAGAAGCCCAAGGGAAGUAUCUUAAGAAGAUCAUUGAGGAGCAGCAACGGCUCAAUGGUGCGCUCACUGAAACACCAAGAGCCGGAGGAAGCACUUCUGCCGGCAGCUUCAGUUACGACUGCUCUGAUGUAGACAAGACCGAUUCCUCAAUUCCUGCUCCAAACUCAGAUCCCCCCACCCAAGAUAGAGAUGCCAAUGAUGACCAUGGAGGCACUGGGGAAGUACUUAAAAGUCAUUCAAUUGUGAAUUCCUUCAGCAGCAAGACCCUGUCUACAGAUUCCACAGCCUGUGUUUCCUCCCCUUCAAAGAGCUCAAAGCAUGGAAGACCGAUCAAGAGGCAGCGCUGCAGCAUGUCCUCAGGGCUUGCCGAGACUGAGCUAGUCUCCCAUCAUAUACUGGAGUCGAGUUCAGGCUCAGAUUUUCAGCAACAGUGCACACUGUUCACACCUAAUGGAUCCAACUUCGAUCCAUCGACCACCUGAAUCUGCAACAAUGCCCUGGGAAGUGGUUCUGGUGGUGACAUAUGAUGGAUUCAUGCAAAUGCUCUUGUUGUAUCAGAAUGUAAGAAUGUUCAUACACUGAUUAGUUCCUCUUUUAGGCCCUUUAACUCUGCGUGAGGGAUUGCCACACAAAUCCAUAGCUCUGAUAGAAGAAUUUGUUAUUUUAAACUUCAACGACCGCAUCAGUUCAAGAAUUAAUGGUAGAAACUAUGUACAUGCAUAUUGUAUGUAUCUUGUAGGAUUGUAAAUGACUCAAAUGUUCAUCAGCAAAUUUUAUGUUCAAUUUGGUAA